AUUGGAUCGUAAACGAGACUUCAUCGUCAGAGACACCCCAGAUAUCGACAGGGUAGCUCUGCUCAGAGCUCGAUAACGUUCGCACACGAUGUGGGGCUCGAGUGUCGAUGAGCGCAAGCUCAACAAUUCAUCACAAUCUGCUAAUCAAUGGCAUCGUGGCGACCAACAUACAAGCGCUGGGCGGAUGCACGAGCCUCUUCACCCGACCGAGGAAGUCGAAGAAAGUAGAGGGCAGGACGGCACGUGGGGAGAAACCGAUGUGGGCGGCUGGACCACCGAGGGUGCUAUGCAAGACUUUGAGGCUCUUAGAAGGAACCUGACGGCAGUGUCUCGCACCCGAUCGAAGGACACGCAUAAAGAAGGCAAUGCAUUGUCGCGCGUCAACACCAAGGCCAGCGCCCGGAGCAGAAAGUCCAACUUCAGUCGUCGUCCGGACUCUCUUCGUACAUUAUCGACUCAAGCCGACAAUCGUGUGCCAUCGCGCCAACACACCGCACAAGAGGCCCCGGAAGAUGUCGAAGCCGGACCGAACCAGGACGAGGAUGAAGAAGAUGAUGACUUUGAGCUCGAAAAAUUCAUGCGAGAUGGCCAUUUCGAGCGUCGAGAAGAUGGCAAGCCACAGAAGAAGGUCGGCGUCAUCUACAAGAAUUUGACUGUGAAGGGUGUUGGCGCGACUUCGACAUUUGUUCGGACGGUACCCGAUGCAAUCCUGGGAACCUUUGGACCAGAUCUGUGGCACAUCAUCUGUCGCUUCGUCCCAGCGCUUGCUCGACGCACCGGUGAGACCCGAACACUGAUCAACGAUUUCAGCGGGUGUGUACGCGAUGGUGAGAUGAUGCUUGUUCUUGGUCGUCCCGGAGCCGGAUGCACAACCUUCCUGAAAGCGAUCAGCAACAACAGGGAGACAUACGCCGAAGUUUCAGGAGAGGUCUCGUACGGCGGUAUAGCCGCGGACAAGCAGAAGAAAAUGUAUCGCGGUGAGGUGAAUUACAACCCUGAAGACGAUGUCCAUUUUGCGUCCCUCAAUGUGUGGCAGACCUUCACCUUCGCGCUUUACAACAAAACAAAGAAGAAGGCGAAGGAGGACAUUCCGAUGAUUGCCAACGCACUGAUGCGGAUGUUUGGCAUCAGCCACACCAAAUACACACUUGUUGGAGAUGAGUAUACCAGAGGAGUAAGUGGCGGCGAACGAAAGCGAGUGUCUAUCGCAGAGACUCUGGCAUCCAAGAGCACAGUGACAUGCUGGGACAACUCCACGAGGGGUUUAGAUGCCUCGACCGCCUUGGAUUAUGCUCGCUCUCUUCGCAUCAUGACCGACGUCACCAACAGAACAACCUUGGCAACGCUCUACCAAGCCGGCGAGGGAAUCUAUGAAUUGAUGGACAAAGUUUUGGUGAUCGAUCAGGGCCGCGAAAUCUUCAUGGGGCUUGCCUCCGAAGCCAAGCAGUACUUCAUUGACCUGGGAUUCGAAUGUCCCGAUCGACAGACGACCGCCGACUUCCUCACGUCCGUUACCGAUCCAGUCGAGCGCCGAUUCCGCGAAGGAUAUGCCGAUCGUGCUCCGAAGACUCCUGAAGAGCUUGAAAAGGCGUUCAGGUCUUCGCCAGCAUACCAGCGCGCUCAGGAGGAUGUGCGAGACUACGAGAACUACCUCAAGGAAACGGACUACGAGGACACUGAGCGAUUCGAAAAUGCUGUUCAGACCGGCAAGUCCAAGCAUGUGCGCAAGAAGAGCCCAUACACGGUGAGCUUCAUCAGACAGGUGCAAGCCUGCGUGAAGCGCGAGUUCUGGCUUCUGUGGGGAGACAUGACAACACUUUACACCAAACUCUUCAUCAUCGUUUCCAACGGCCUCAUCGUUGGAUCUCUUUUCUACGGACAGCCAGAAGAUACCGAAGGCGCUUUCUCUCGCGGUGGCACCCUGUUCUUCUCGAUUCUCUUCCUUGGUUGGCUGCAGCUCACUGAGCUGAUGAAGGCCGUUUCUGGACGCGCUGUGGUCGCUCGGCACAAAGACUAUGCAUACUACCGGCCCAGCGCGGUCACCAUGGCUCGUGUAGUCGCUGAUCUGCCAGUGAUUCUGGUCCAGGUCGUUGUGUUCGGAAUUCUGAUGUACUUCAUGACGAACCUGACCAUCGAUGCUGGCAGAUUCUUCAUCUACAUGCUCUUCGUUUACAUCACGACGAUAAUGCUUACAGCGCUCUAUCGUCUCUUCGCUUCAGUGUCUCCGGAAAUCGACACGGCUGUUCGCUUCUCCGGAAUCGCACUGAAUCUGCUCGUCAUCUAUACUGGCUACGUGAUACCGAAGACGCAGCUGCUCUCAGAAUACAUCUGGUUCGGAUGGCUCUACCACAUCAACCCGAUAUCAUACUCCUUCGAAGCUGUGCUCACCAACGAAUUUGCUGGCAGAACAAUGGAAUGUGCUCCAAGCCAACUCGUUCCUCAAGGCCCUGGCGUCGACCCUGCGUUCCAAGGCUGUCCUCUUGCUGGUGCGGCAGUCAAUGCGCAACAAGUCGAGGGCUCGGCAUACCUCGCGACGCAAUACAACUACUCGCGCUCCAAUCUCUGGCGCAACUUCGGGGUCGUAAUCGCCUUCACGGUGCUCUACAUAAUCCUCACCCUCGUCGCCACGGAAUUGUUCGACUUUUCCGGUGGCGGCGGUGGCGCGUUGACCUUCAAAAAGUCAAGGCGCGCAAAGAAGCAGGUCAAGCAAGCCGCUCCAGCAGAUGAGGAGAAAGGUGGACACGCCGAUGACAGCGACAGCUCAACCAAGAAGGAGAGUGGAAUAGGAGAAUCUGGUGACUCUGAGAAAGAAAGCGAAGCACUCGAGCAAAUCACCAAAUCUGAGAGCAUCUUUACCUGGCGCGAUGUGGAAUACACUGUCCCGUAUCUAGGGAGCGAGAAGAAGCUUCUCAACAAGGUCAACGGAUACGCAAAGCCUGGUGUGAUGGUCGCCUUGAUGGGAGCAAGUGGAGCAGGCAAGACAACUCUACUGAACACCCUUGCGCAACGACAAUCCAUGGGUGUGGUCUCCGGCGAGAUGUUCGUUGACGGUCGACCACUGGACGGUGCAUUUCAGCGUAACACUGGCUUUUGUCUUCAAGGUGAUCUUCACGACGGCACGGCUACCAUUCGGGAAGCGCUGGAAUUCUCUGCGAUCUUGCGACAAGAAGCCAGCGUCCCACGAGCAGAGAAGAUCGCCUAUGUGGACAAGAUCAUCGAUCUUCUUGAGCUGAAUGACCUGCAAGAUGCAAUUAUUAGCAGCUUGGGUGUUGAGCAGCGAAAGCGUCUUACCAUCGGAGUCGAACUGGCUGCCAAGCCAUCUCUUCUGCUGUUCUUGGACGAGCCAACUUCUGGCCUCGAUUCGCAAAGUGCCUACUCUAUCGUUCGCUUCUUGAAGAAACUGGCUCAUGCCGGACAAGCGAUCGUCUGUACCAUCCACCAGCCAUCGUCGGUGCUCAUUCAGCAAUUCGACAUGAUCCUCGCGCUCAAUCCAGGUGGCAACACUUUCUACUUCGGACCUGUUGGCGAGAACGGAAAGGACGUCAUCAAGUACUUCAGCGAGCGAGGUGUUGAUUGUCCUCCCAACAAGAACGUCGCUGAAUUCAUCCUGGAAACCGCCGCUCGUCCAGCUCAAGGCAAGAAUGGCAAGAAGAUCAACUGGAACGAGGAAUGGCGCAACAGUCAACAGGCGAAAGAUGUUAUCGAGGAAAUCGAGGGUCUCAAGCUCACACGCAGCAAGACUCAGCCAGAGUCCAAGCGCAAGGAACAAGAGAAAGAAUUCGCGGCUCCUGUUGCAGUCCAGUGUGCCGAGCUUCUGAAGCGCACUUUCAAGCAGUACUGGCGAGAUCCCUCGUACCUCUAUGGCAAGCUCUUUGUCUCGGUCGUCAUCGGCAUCUUCAAUGGCUUCACUUUCUGGCAACUCGGAAACACGAUCCAGGAUAUGCAGAACCGCAUGUUCACAAGCUUUCUGAUCAUCGUCAUCCCGCCUACGAUCGUCAACGCUGUUGUGCCAAAGUUCUUCACGAAUAUGGCACUUUGGCAAGCUCGCGAGUACCCGUCCAGAAUCUAUGGCUGGUUCGCAUUCUGCACAGCUCAAGUGGUCGCGGAGAUUCCACCUGCAAUCAUCGGCGGCUUGGUCUACUGGGUUCUAUGGUAUUUCCCUACUGGAUUGCCUACCGAGGCUCCGGUGUCGGGUUACGUCUUCUUAAUGACCAUGCUCUUCUUCCUGUUCCAAGCCUCAUGGGGACAGUGGAUCUGUGCCUUCGCACCAUCUUUCACUGUCAUCUCGAACGUUCUGCCUUUCUUCUUCGUCGUCUUCUCGCUGUUCAACGGUGUGGUUCGACCUUACUCAUCGCUGCCUGUCUUCUGGCGGUACUGGAUGUACUGGGUCAAUCCAUCCACAUGGUGGAUCGGAGGCGUCCUCGCCGCCACACUCAACGGCGCUCAAAUCCAAUGCGCCGAAUCAGAAACCGCGGUAUUCGACUCGCCUCCCGGCCAGACCUGCUCGCAAUAUGCUGGUGCCUUCGCGACAUCCUCUGGUGGCUAUCUCUUGAACCCAGACGCGACUUCUGGGUGCAUGCUCUGUCCAUACUCGACCGGAAACCAAUAUCUCUCAACGCUCAACAUUGAAGCAUCACAAAAGUGGAGAGACUUCGGAAUCUUCUUGGUGUUCGUCUUCACUAACUGGUUCCUUGUCUACUUCUUCAUCUGGUCAGUGCGCACCAAGGGCUGGUCAUUCGGCAUGAGCCAGCUCUUUGGUGGCCUUGGAAAAUUGGUCAAUGCGGCCAAGAAGCCGAUCGCACAGAAACUCGGCGGGAAGAAGAAGAAGGACGAGAAAGCUGAUCAGGAAUGAUUGCAUUGAUUCUUUAGCGUGGCGUUACCGAGAAGUGAGAUGAUAGAGACAGAGCAAGAGUUAUAGAGACCAGACUACAGCUUGUGAGGAUUCAACGAGAUGUAUAUAUAUAAUGUCAUACGACAAAGUAUUUUAUUUUCGACUACUUCCGACUUUCCAGACUUUUCUUC